AUGAUUACUUUACUGGAAACAGAAGUUAAUGAGCGAUUCCAGCACAGCAAAGAGGAAACAUCCCACAUGCUCGGUGAACAUACUGAAAAAUGUAAUAGAAAGAUUAGCAAGAUGAACGACUCAUUAACUUCCCUGCGUAAUGAGCUUGCUCGAGUGUUGGAUCUAUAUGGUUCACUUCGACAAACUGUUACGAAACAUACAAAUGAGAUGGAAACAGUGCGGUCGAUCUUCAAAAAAUCGUGCGAUUCUGUACGACAAAUAGACGCUGAGCUUACCGCCAAAUUAGAGAGUCUGAGAAGAGAUGGAGAAGCAGUCCGAGGUGGCUGUGAUGAGCGAUGUUUACAGGAUAGUAUGUGUAAUUUAACAGCUUUAUUUGUAAGUUUUUAA